CCGGCGAUCAACAAUACAGUACUGGGACUCCUUGAUACCAAGAUGGCUCGCGUAUUCUUGGGAUUGUUGUCUUUUGCCGUGAUUCUAGUGGUUGUUAGCGGGUCAGGCGAUGCGAAAUCUCACAACAAGAAGGGGAAAAAGUCAGAUGAUGUACUUGCACCUCCUGCCAAGCCUGUAUAUACUACCGGUAAACAAUUAGUGUGUGAACGUGAAAAGGUUCAGUGUGGAGCAGGACGAGAGUGCGUAGCUGACGAAGACGGGGAACCUACAUGCAUCUGUAUGAGAGAAUGCGUGUCUCACUCACAUCCUGUUUGUGGAACCAACGGCAAAUCGUAUGACAACCAUUGUGAGUUACAUCGUGAAGCCUGUAUUGAAGGAAUUAAAAUACACAUACAACAUGAUGGACUUUGUGCUUCCAUGCCAUCGCCGACGCCAGAAACUGUAAAACCUGUGGUCUGUUUCCAGAGUGAUAGAGAUAUACUACGUCAGAAACUUAUUGAUUGGAUGAUACAACAGGAGAUCCCCGCAGGCUGGUUCACUGAUGGUCGUAGUUAUAAAGACAUCAUACAGAUGUUUUUUGAUAAAUAUGACGAGACCAGCGAUGGAAAGUUGGAUUCCAACGAAUUGCUACAUUUUGUUGAAGGAAAUGAAACAGUUAGCAACGUAACACACAACAGUGAAGGUGAAAAUGCAAUUUUAAGAGGAUUGUGUGUUGAUGCACUCAUAGAUAUCAGUGAUGAUGAUGCAGACUGGGCACUCAACCUGGAAGAGUUCCAGAACUGUAUGAACCCUGAAUUCAGUCCACCAUAUAGAAGUUGUUCUCUAGAAGAUGAGAAUUACAAAGAUGGAGCAGAAACCAAAGUUAAUUGUAACAGUUGUGUAUGCGCCUGCGGUAACUGGGUGUGCACCGCUAUGGUGUGUGAUGAUGAGGAUCCUAGUCUUGCUAAAACUUCCAAAGAUGAAAUAAAUGAGAAAGAAAAGGAAGAUUAUGACCCAGCAAAAGACUUACCAGAUGAAAUGACGGAAGAUGAGUUCAAGGAGUAUAUCCGUAAACUAACUGAGGACAAUGUCGAUGAAUUCUUAGAGGAGGAAGUUGAGGGCAAAAUAAUAGAGGCAGAAAAGAAAGAAAAAGACCUGAAGAAGGAAAUUCCCGGAGGAAAAGAAGACAAAAUGAUGAAACUAUCGGAAAAAGAAAUUCCUGUUGAGAACUUUAAAAUGGGAAAAUCUGUCGAUAAAAAGGAGAAAAGUAAAGACGCACACAAAUUAUAGUCACAUUUUAACUGCUAACAAGUUAUGACCUUUCACCUUUGACCUCCUACAAGUAUAAUAGGUCACACAAAAUUUACUUUUUUUAUGGAUAUACACAUGGUUAACAAAAUUUUUCUUUUAUAGAUAGUGAUUUGCAUUUUGAGUAGUUUAAAAAGAUUUUUCCAGAAGUAUAUCUAAAAAAUAUAAUUGGCUUGGGGUAUAAUGAAUAGACCAUUUCUAUUUCACUACAAGAACCCGUAAUAAGCGUGAAAUUGAACAAAGGACAUACAAACAAACACUGCGUGGAUUACAACAAAUGUGGUUUGAGGUAUUUCCAUGCUUUAUAUGUGCUAUACUCAUUUGAUGAUGGUCUGCAUUUUGACAUUGAAUUAUAAACAAAAUUCAUAUUCAAAAUCAAAUCAUGCAAUUUUUGCAGCAGAUGUUCUCUUUCCGCACACAUUAUGCGUGAUCUGGUAGUAAACGGAAAAUGGCCUAUUGGGUUGUUAUUUUAGUUUCAUAUGCAUAUGAACAAAUAACUUUUGAACACCUGAACCCUUUUGAAAAAGUCUGAAAUGUUGUUUUUCUAUAAAAACUGAACUUAUUUACAAGUUUUGUUAAAAUCACUUUGUCUAUGCAAUCGUGAAUUUUUUUUUAUUCUACACAUACCAUCAAAUUGGUACAUUCUGCAAAUGAUCAUUUCAACGGGGAAGAACGCUAACUGGUAUCAGAAUAGCGCCCUCAUGGUCAUUUUGCAGGUUCACAGAUUCUUGUUAGGGACCACUUUAAAAUGGAUCAAUUUAGUAUGCGAAUAAUCUUAUUUGAAUCUUUGUUGAACAUACUGUGGAAUAAUUUAUUUUCACUUAGAAUUUGUUUGAAUUCAGAUCAGUGAAAAGUUUGUUUUUUCAGAUAAAUAAAACUCGAGUGAAACUAAAGCAAUCCACAGUAGCGUUCCAUUUUCUUAACUGACAAACUACAUACCCCCGGUACUACUUUUGCAGAGCUUGUUAUUGUUUUCGAUUCUUGUCAAAUUUUUUGUCAAUUUUACAUUGAUCGUGACAUGCAUUCAUCAUUACUGCAUCGCCCACCGAUCACAUUCGAUUCGAUAACGGGCAGCGUGAAUGCGGUAGUAUGGUGACAUGAAUUCAAUAGUUGAAUGAAUGAAUUUGAUAGUUAGUCUGCGUGAAUGCAGUUGUAUGAAUAUGAUAAAUGCGCAAAUCUGCAUGACAGGUUUUGCAAAAGAUACACAAUUGUCAUUUUGUGUACCAAUAAUAAACAUUGUAGAUUGUCUUAAAUGACCUGGUGUAUACUUAAAAUAUAAAACAAUGUAACACUUUUUUUUAACAUUGUACUUUUUUUAUUCUUUGUAUCUCUGCUCAUCUGAUAGUUAACUUUUAAAUACUUUAAAUUGUCAUUUUACUGUUUUUAUUUUUUUAUUAUAUUUUCACUUACAAAUAUGCAAUUCUGCAGGUUUCAAUAAAUAUAUUUUGAAA